UCACAUCAAGAUUUGACAUUGUUGAUGGUGGAAAUCUCGAGCCAACAAUUUAUGGUCGUCCCUUCUUCUUUAAGAAGAGGGAUUUCGAUUCGCGGCGUCUUCGUUUUCUGCUUCGGAACCUGCAUGGAGGGCUGGUACUACCGCUGUCUCGGCCUCGACCCUUGAAUUUCAUCGUCGUAUCGUAUUCAUCUUUCUUGAUCCACUUUUUUAAUUUUUAUCCCCAAAGAAAUCUCGAAAAUAAAAUCAAGGAAAAAAUUAAAAAGAUGUUUAUUCGCAAGCAGAAGAAGAAUUUGCCCUCCAAGGGCAAACGAUUUUUGAUUAGCAUUACGGUGCUCGGAAGCGCGGGCCCCAUUCGGUUCGUGGUGAACGAGGAUGACCUUGUUGGUGCAGUUAUGGACACCGCUAUGAAAUCGUACGCGCGUCAAGGCAGACUCCCCGUUCUUGGAUCCGAUCUCAACGCCUUUAUGCUCUACAGCCCAUUUGCCGGAACUCAAGCUUUGCUUCCAUGUGAGAAAAUUGGAUCGGCUGGAAUUCGAGAUUUCAUCUUGUGCAAGAAGCCCCAAAUCGAGAUGGCGAUCACGGACGACAACAACAAGGCAUCUCCAAAGGGAUCCGGAAGUUUGAGGGCGUUUUUCAAUAAAUCUCUCCAUGUUAAGAUAUCGUUUCAUUGAAUUGAGAUUCAACUCAUCGGCGAAAACAUGUUGAAGAUGUUUUCUUUGUCUUCGUUCUUCUUCAUUUGGAUGUUUAUUCAAUUGCACUAUUAUAUAUAUCUAAGGUGUUUCGAAACUCCCAAUUUUUUAUUCUAUGUAACCUUCGAUCCAAUACAUAUAAGAAUCUAUCUCGAUUACCAUCACUAACAGGCAUAUUGGCUUCUGGUGCUGCACUUUUAGGGCUUGUUUGCAUAAAGUAGCACUGAAACAAGUGAAUAUAUAUAUAAACUUUAACUAAAAUAG